AUGGUGGCCACGCCGUGUUGGUCUGCGCUGCAGGCGCUCUCGCUGGGAUCGAGGGAGCUCUCCGACACGCAGGGGAAUCGGCCACCGGCGGGGGAAUCGGCCGCCGGCGGCGUAACGAGCAUCGGGGGUUUCUGCAGGUCACCACGUCGAGCCGUCAUUUGGCAGAGGGGAGGCCACAUGGGCAAUGGGAACGACGAGGGUAGGAGGCGGCGUCAGAUCCCAGAAGAACUUGUGCGGCGUUUCAAAUGCGAGAUCCCUGGAGAGAUCAAGCUAAUCAUCCCAGAAGAAUUUGUUCGGCGUUUCAAGGGUGAGUUCCCAAGAGAGAUGAUACUUGAAACAAAAAAUCGUUGCAGUUACAUAAUUGGAGUUGCCAAGAACAAGGAAAAGCUUGUCCUCACAGUGGGAUGGGGGAAAUUCGUCGAAACCUUUGGCCUAGAGAUGGGUGACACCAUAGUAUUCAGAUACAAUGGAAACUCACAGUUUAGUGUCAUAAUCUUUGAUAAACUUGGCUGUGAGAAGGCAUUAUCAGUUGUUCCGGAUCUUUUUCCGCCUCCUGUGCAAGAGAGGUGCACAAAUGCUACUGACACUGUGAAAAGUUCACAGCCCAUACAAAUGCAGCCUUUUGGUAGAGUGAAUGGGCUGCCAGUGGAGUCACCACCAACGAAAAGGCAGCGGCACUUCCAAAUGGAAGUGGACGAGUCAUGUCAAGGCAAAAUCACUGCGAUAAAUAUUUCCUCCUUCUCUUUUCUUCGCGCAGGAGAGUCUUUCUUGUCUGAAGAUAGCCAUGGAGCAUGUGAUGUGCCUGAUUCCAAUUACUUUCUCAGGAAGAAGAAGGCCAAUCUAUCUUCAUUUCUUUGCGAAGAAGAAUCUUUCUCCUCUGAAGAUGGCUAUGGAGUACGCGAUGCCUGUGUCAAGAAGAAGAAGGCCACACUAUCUUCAUCUCAGAAGGAGCAGUUGAAGGACGGUUACAUUACCGUGCACAAGGCCAAACUAAGUCCAGCUCAGAAGGAAGUGGUGAAGCAGAAGGUCCAAUCUAUACACUCAGAGAUCCCCAUCUUUGUUGCUGUGAUGGGCAAGAUGAACCUUGAUUCAAGAUUCGUUCUGACUUUACCCAGCCAGUAUGCUAAGAAAUAUCUUGGUGAGGAGCCACGCCUGUAUCUUCAGUUGCUUGGGGACAAGUGGGAGGUGGGGUUUCCUGACAACACCGGCGAUAGAAGGAUCGUAAGUGGAUGGAAACAGUUUGCACAAGACAACAAUCUGAAGAUGGGUGAUAUCUGCCUCUUCGAGCUGCUGAGCAAUCAGAAGAGAACUAUGGAGGUCUAUAUCAUCCCUGCGACUGAUUACAAUUACUCGGCAGGUGUCCAGAAUGAUGUGGACCAGGAAGCGCUCGAAGGUGGUUCAGCGCCGCUGCAGAGAGAGGCCCUUGCUCAUCAUGCGGAUGGAGCGCGUGAUCCUGACUCAAGGUUGCUUCGCAUCACCAACACUGAUGCUUGGAAGAUGAUGUUACCCCUGUUGGUGCCUGAUUCGCCGAAGGAAAAGCCUGUGGUUUCUGAACCAAGCAUACCUGCUGUUUUUGCGCUCUGGGGAAAACAAGCGUUCCCAUCGAUCACAAGGGCUCGGUUACGUAGAAAGUUGAAACUGUUCUGCUACCUUCGUUCUCGUAGCAGGCUAGUCAUGCACGCGGACUGGAACUCCCCUAGCUGUAGUUUUAGCUGCUUUAACCCUGGAAGCAUCAUGUGAUGGGAAGGGGCAAUUUGGUGCGUUGAAUGAUCCGUUGGGAGCCUAAAAAGCAGGUCUGACUCGUCAGACCUCGCUCGCGAGAAAAUCAGGAUACAGAGAAAAUACGAGGGGAAUAGUGCGUCUAGGUGGGCCACUUUCGUAUACGCAGAGGCGCCCAUGUGACUGCUCCAUCGCCUUAUUUUUCUGAGCCGUGGAACAUGACGUCGAGCGAAGACCCAUGGUGUUAUGUAUGAUUAUGAGGUGUUAGGAAAUGUGCGUCGACAUGUGUGUCUGUGGGUCUGGUGCGCGAGAACUUGUGAACGGAACAGGGAUGGCUCUGGAGAUCUUGGAUUCCGUUCCUCUCGGCAGAAGGUGAGGAAAACAGGGAGCGGCGAGCAGUGUGACCUCCGCCGGCAAGAAUGGAGGCCGACGGGAUGGAGUUCUUGCCGGAUCCGGUCGACAUGUUUCCCUGAGAGAGGAGUUCGUUGACGGCCUUGAACACCCGGAUCCGCCUGCUGUUUGCGGUGCUGCGGUGGAGAGCACCGGAGCCACCGGUGCCGGAGGACUCAAAUGCCGCCUCAGGCUGUGCACAGGCGCUGGGCGGCCGCAGUCCGCGUGGGCGUGUCGGCGACGACCAGCGUAGGAGGAAGGGUUCUCCAACACAGCCUGCACAUUCUACUGGGAAGGUGAAUACGGAAGCACGCUGAUGGACGCACAGUUAAUGUCCUCGAUUUUGUUUGGUUUUGUUUUUUCUGAAGCUUAUUACAUUCAGCCUGCAAGUAUGAACAAGAUUAAUUAUGUGAGCACAUAACCAAUCAUUAACUAGCUUCGUACAUUCAGGUUGCAAGUAUGAACAAGAUUAAUUCUCUGAGCGCAUAACCAAUCAUUAACCGGCUUCGUAUGUGCAAAAAGGCCUCUUACAAUUUGUGUGCAUAUAUAUGCAUGCUGUGAACGAAUACUCACUGUCGUUAGGAAACAACAUUGGAAAUUAAUGGUAAAUUAAAUGUUGCCACUGAUCGCGAUUAAACAGAAAUGUAAAUACGUGUAACAUGUGUACUGGGCGAGAUGCUCUAUGCAUUUGUUCAAUAUCGGUCAAACUCAAACAUGUGAGAUUAUUAGGUUGUAAAGCAGUGUAAUAAUGUAGACCUCUGACAUUUGUUGUGUUUGGCUGAAAAAAUGAU